AAACAGCUUCCAAUGGCAAACGCCCAGCACAUUCACCGCCAUCCGCCUCCUUCACUGACCUUUCGACUUCCUCAAGAGUCAAGAGCCACCCCAAACCAGUAAUUUAAUUGAUUUAUUUAUCUAAGAAAAUAUUAGAAAAGUCAAUCCCCACUCUCAGCUCCCAAUGUCUUCAGUUCGCAGGCGAAUGGCGAACCUGGCCAAUUCCGCGUGCUUCAAGCACUCUGUUGCUCUCCGGCCUGAUCGCCGUUCUUCUCCAAUCGGAUUCAGGAGCUUCCGCCGAAGCUACGUUGUUUCGUCCUCAGAUUUCGCCAACGAAAACCGAGAGUUUGUGAUUGUUGGUGGCGGCAAUGCGGCUGGCUAUGCAGCUAGGACUUUCGUCGAACACGGAAUGGCCGAUGGACGCCUUGCAAUCGUGUCCAAAGAGGCCGUUGCGCCUUAUGAGCGUCCUGCUUUGACAAAAGGCUAUUUGUUCCCUUCGGAUAAGAAGCCAGCACGAUUGCCUGGGUUUCAUACUUGUGUUGGAUCCGGCGGUGAUAGGCAAACACCUGACUGGUAUAAAGAAAAAGGGAUAGAGAUGUUCUAUGAAGAUCCCGUAUCAAAUGUUGAUAUUGAAAAGCAGACACUGACUACAAAUUCAGGCAAACUGCUCAAGUUUGGAUCACUUAUAAUUGCAACAGGAUGUACAGCCUCAAGAUUUCCUGAGAAAAUUGGAGGAAACCUACCUGGUGUUCAUUAUAUUCGGGAUGUUGCAGAUGCUGAUGCACUAGUAUCAUCAUUGGAGAAAGCACGGAAGGUGGUGGUUGUUGGUGGUGGUUAUAUUGGUAUGGAGGUUGCUGCAGCCACUAUUGGUUGGAAACUUGAUACAACAAUCAUAUUUCCAGAAAACCAUCUGUUGCAAAGAUUGUUUACUGCUUCACUUGCCCGGAGAUAUGAGGAAUUCUACCAAGAGAAUGGUGUUAAAUUCAUAAAGGGUGCCUCAAUUAAAAAUUUAGAAGCUGGUGCUGAUGGACGUGUAAAUUAUGUUAAGCUUGAAGAUGGAACUACUAUAGAAGCAGACACAGUAGUUAUUGGUAUUGGAGCAAAACCUGCUGUUGGUCCUUUUGAAAGUGUCGGUUUGGAUUCCAGUGUUGGUGGUAUACAGGUUGAUGGUCUGUUCCGGACGAGGAUACCUGGAAUCUUCGCAGUUGGAGAUGUUGCAGCAUUUCCAUUGAAGAUGUAUAACCGUAUAGCACGAGUUGAACAUGUAGAUCAUGCUCGUCGAUCUGCACAGCAUUGCGUUAAGGCUCUAGUGAGUGCACAAACUGAUACAUAUGAUUACCUCCCAUCUUUUUACUCGAGGGUGUUUGAAUAUGAAGGAAGCCCCAGGAAAAUAUGGUGGCAAUUUUUUGGGGAUAAAGUUGGAGAGACGAUUGAAAUUGGGAAUUUUAAUCCUAAGAUUGCCACUUUCUGGAUAGAUUCUGGCAAAUUGAAAGGUGUUCUUCUUGAGAGCGGAAGUCCCGAGGAAUUUCAACUCCUUCCAAAACUUGCCAGGAGCCAGCCCAUUGUCGAUAAAGCCAGGCUUCAGAAUGCAUCUUCGGUUGAGGAGGCAGUGGACAUUGUUCAGUCAUCGUUAUAGGUUGAAGUUGCGGUUUAGUAAAGAAGAGUGCAGCUUGUUUAUGUCAAUCAUAACGCGGAGUUUCACAUCUAUACAUGCCAAUGUUUCAGUAGGGAAUAAAAGCUUCUUCCAUGGCCUCAAGCUUCUUUUAACUUUGGUGAAAUUUACAGUAGUUGGUGCAGCGAUGCAUAUCGGAAGAACACAGAUAGAGAGAGGUGUAGUUUUCCAUUGUUAUGGGGCUACUUGUCAGUCCGUGUUCUUUAUCAACAGUCGUUUGCUGCAAGUUAUGUAGCUUGAUCGAAUUACUCAUGUAAACGUUUCUAUUCAAUUUUAAUAAAAUUUCAACCGUUGGACAAAAAAA